AUGAGCACCGAGACCAUUGCGUUCCCCGGCGCCAAGUCGCCGGGCAUCGCCGAUGUCACCCGCCACGCUUGGAUCACGUCCGAGGAUCUCGAGGCCGCCUCGGCCGCUUCGGCCGCCGACACGCCUCGGGGCGGCCCGUUCGAGCCUCACGACGACCACGACGGCGACUUCGUCACGGCCACCGAGGACCGCGACCUGAAGCGCGGCCUCGAGCAGCGCCACCUGUCCAUGCUGGGCAUCGCCGGCGCCAUCGGCACCGGCCUGUUCCUCGGCCUCGGCGGCGCCAUCCAGACCGGCGGCCCCCUCGGCGCCCUGCUCGGCUACGCCACCGUCGGCCUCAUCGUCUGCGCCGUGCAGUUCGCCCUCGGCGAGGUCUCGGCCCUGCUGCCCGUCACCGGCUCCUUCGUCCGCCACGCCGAGUUCCUCGUCGACCCGGCCUGGGGCUUCGCCAUCGGCUGGAACCUCGUCUACGGCAACGUCCUCUCCAUCCCCUCCGAGAUCACCGCCAUCUGCGUGCUCUUCGAGUUCUGGACCGACAUCAACCCCGCCGUCUUCAUUGUCGUCUUCAUCGUCCUGACCUUUGUCGUCGGCAUCGCCUUCGUCCGCGUCUUCGGCGAGGUCGAGUUCGUCUUCGCCCUGCUCAAGGUCCUGCUCGUCGUCUUCCUCAUCAUCCUCGGCCUCGUCAUCGACCUCGGCGGCGUCCCCGGAACCCCGCGCAUCGGCUUCCGCUACUGGCAGAGCCCCGGCCCCUUUGUCGAGCACAUCGCCACCGGCGACUGGGGCAAGUUCCUCGGCUACUGGGGCGUCAUGACGGGCGCCGUCUUCUCCUUCGCAGGCGUCGAGUCCCUCGCCAUGGCCGCCGCCGAGACCCAGAACCCCCGCCGCGCCAUCCCCCGCGCCUGCAAGCGCGUCUUCGCCCGCAUCGUGCUCUUCUACAUGCUCGCCGUCCUCGUCGUCGGCAUGCUGGUCGCCAGCAACGACCCCCGCCUCGACGACGCCUCCGGCACCGCCGCCCAGAGCCCCUUCGUCAUCGCCGCCUCGGCCGCCGGCAUCCCCGCCAUUCCCAGCGUCGUCAACGCCGUCGUCAUCACCUCGGCCUGGUCCGCCUCCAACCAGAGCCUGCUCGCCGGCACACGUGUGCUGUUCGCUCUCGCGCUCAAGGGACAGGCCCCCAAGAUCUUCCUCCGCACCACCUCGUGGGGCACGCCCUACGUCUGCGUCCUGCUCUUCACGGCCUUCAUGUUCCUCAGCUUCAUGAGCCUGUCCAACGGCGCCCUGACCGUCUUCUGGUGGCUUGUCGACUUGACCUCGGCCGGCGUCUUGGUGUCGUGGUCCGCCAUUCUGCUCAACCACAUCCGCCUCAAGAAAGCGUUGAGGACCCAGGGCAUCGAGUUCAAGAGACUGCCGUGGAACAACUCGUGGACCUUCUACAGCUCGCACGUUGCGCUGUUCAUGUGCAUCUUGAUCCUGUUCACCAGCGGAUUCGAGGUCUUCACCAAGGGCAACUGGAGCGCCUCCGGCUUCGUCUCUUCAUACUUGGACAUCCCGCUUGUCACGCUGGCUUUCCUCAUCUACAAGUUCGUCAAGAAGACCAAAGCCGUAUCAUUGGAGAACAUCCCGCUCCAUGACGCCAUUGAACAGGCUGAUGCAUACCCCGAGGAACCCGAAGUCAAGAAGACCGGCCCUGUUCGCUUCGUCAGCUGGAUCUGGGACUAG